AUGAGUGGUACGCUCGUCGUCAGGGUCGCACUGCUGGAGUUGGUGGUUCUUGAGCUGGAGACAUUGGUGCUGAGGCUGCUGGACGUUCGAGCGCUGCUGGCUCCGGAGGUGCUCGCACUUCUGGUGCUCGAGCUGCCGGAGCUGGGAGUGCUACUGGUACUGGAGUUUCGGCUGCUGGUGGUGCCGUGGCUGGAGUUGCUGAUCCUAGAAGCGCUGGAGCUGCUGGCGUGGGAGCUGGUCCUGCUGUUGGAGCUGUUGGUACUGGUGCUGGAGACGCUGUGCGACGACGACCAGCGUCGUCCGCCUGUGUCUCGUCCUGUCUCACCUGUUUGCGCUGCUCGCACUGGUCGCCGUGUUCCGCGUCCGCGUCCUCCUCCUGUCCCCGGCAUGCACCAGAUGACACUUCGUCCUUCCUGUGUUCCACAGCGUGUCCCCCUGCCGUCUCCUCCUGCGUCCUCUUUGCCUGACGUUCCGGACCCUGAGUCUGACGCCGUUCGUUCUGCUCACCCGACUGUCACGCGUCUGUUGGCCCUAGUUGUCACUGACCCUUCGUUUGAGUCUGCUGCUGCGUCUGCCUUGGUUGCUGAGCUUGUUGACUUUGCUGCUGCCUGUCGUCUAGACUACGCUGCCAGUCUUGUUGCUGAGUCUGAGUCUGUCUGUCCUCCGUCCGUCGGGGGUGAGUGUGCUCUUGGCACGGACAUCCUUGAGGACAGGCAGGAGGACCUUGACUGUCUUGCGGCUGCUGUACCUCAUCUCACGGCCUGGCUGCUUGCCCCUGAGGGAGACCCGGAUGCACUGGACAUCCCUACCCCCCGCUCUUACACAGAGGCAGUCUCGGGCACCUACGUCGAUGAGGUUCCCCCCCCUGGGGCGAACAUCGUCGAUGGCAUGUGGAUUUUCAGGGUGAAGCGGCCGCCGGGCUCUCCGCCUGUCUUCAAGGCUCGUUACGUUGCUCAAGGCUUCAGUCAGCGGCAGGGAGUUGACUUCUUCCAGACCUUCUCCCCUACUCCGAAGAUGACCACUCUUCGGGUGCUGCUGCACGUUGCCGCUCAGCGUGACUACGAGCUUCACUCUCUUGACUUCAGCACAGCCUUCUUGCAGGGCAGCCUGCACGAGGAGAUCUGGCUGCGCCGUCCUCCUGGCUUCACUGGGUCGUUCCCUCCUGGUACCCAAUGGAGCCUCCGAUGGCCAGUCUACGGUCUCCGCCAGGCGCCGCGCGAGUGGCACGACACACUGAGGACGACGCUUGCGGCUCUUGGGUUUGCUCCUUCCACUGCAGACCCGUCACUGUUCCUACGUACAGACACGUCACUGCUGCCGUUCUACAUCCUCGUGUACGUCGACGACUUGGUCUUUGCAACUGCUGACACUGAGGCACUCGCUCUUGUGAAGUCGGAGCUGCAGAAGAGACACACAUGCACAGACCUGGGUGAGCUGCACAGUUACCUUGGCUUGCAGAUCACCCGGGACAGAGCACGCCGCACCAUCACCCUGACUCAGUCACACAUGGUGCAGCAGGUCCUUCAGCGCUUCGGCUUCUAG